AUGUUAAAGUCGAAUGUUGUUCUCAUCUGGACAGGGCUCGAUACCAAGGCACUUUGGGGACCCAGGAGGGUGUUAGAGCUCCUGGCCCCGUGCUGGGUCUCAGGAGCUCUGUCUGUUUUCUUCUCCAGAGGGACCAAAAUAGGGAGCCGACCAGCCAGCUCCGUGGAGAUGACCUCAGGUGUGGAGAGAAGUGGCUCGGAGCCACAGCUGGAUAACGGACACCUCCCAAGACCCUGGUCCUUCUCUCCGGAAGCCAGAUCACCCAACCUGUUGGCCCCCCAGCACCCCAGAGCACGGGGGAUACGGCUCGAAGGUCCCUCUGUGCUGGAGUCCAAGGUGAGGGCCUUGAAGGAAAAGAUGACAGCAGGCAAACAGGGGGUGAGCCCCUGCCUCGCUUCUCAGGAGAAGCCAUCUAAGAAACCCAAAUGCAGACGAGGCAGGGUGGGCGGAGCCGGGGCCCUGUCAGAGGGGUCUUCCCCGCCAGAUGCUGAGGCGGUCCUCCCUGCUCAGAACCUGACCCACGCGCAGCUGAAUAGUGUUGUCAACAAGGAUGAACCUGCCAGGGAUGGGGUGCCCAGACCGCCCAGGCCGCCUUCUCCUGGGCUUGAGUGCUGGGACGGGCAGAGCCCGUGGCAUCCAGAAGCAGCGUGGGCAUCACCAGGCGAUGAGAGGAGCCUGCUGCCCAGGGCUGGCUCUUUGCCAGAGAGCCCUAUGCACAGAGUCACCCCGGGCCGGCCUGGGGGCCCUGGUCCUUGCAACAAAAUCACCCACAUGGCCAACCUGAGGAAAGGAACGUCAUAUGCCCUUCAGGAUGAUCUAGUUACAGGGGGAGACCUGGACAGCUUGUCUCUGACCUCCGAGGAAGACGUUGUCCCCAGGCCAGCCCUCGGGGGGCCCUGGCGAGCUGGAGACCCGGGGGCUCUGGGCACUGGGAGCAGUGCCUUGUCCCUGUCUGACCGGGUGGAGAGGAACCGCCUUCUGCUGCAGGAGAUGCUAAGCGCUGGGAGGCAAGGCCCCUCCAAGGUGGGACUCCCAGCCUGGACUCCAUCCCAGGACAGAGGUGCACCAGAACGGCCGGCAGGGGACGUGGACUGGGACUCAGGCAUCUCCCUGCAGGACUCAGACCAGAACCGGACCUUUGGUCCCAAGCCGGAGUCCAUGCUGAGCCCCAGGCAGGAGGAAGCCAAGCAUCUGCUGCAGCGUGCCCGCAUGAAGGCCAGGACCCGGCCCCUCCGUGCCAGCCACGAUAUCGUGCCCGCCGUCGCCCAGGGCAGCCGAGAUGGCCGGAGAAGUCCAGCCCUGGACCCCAGGAUGACCUUCGCCUGCAGAGACAACCUCCAGAACGGGAACACAAGUGACUCCUCCAGCGGGGAGUCCAGCAGCGGGCAGUGGCCGAAGCGGGGCCCCUCCCCGUCCCGCGUCCGCUUUGAGGACGAGUCGGUCCGCGACGCCGAGUCCCGCUACCUGGAGCGGCUGCAGCAGCGCCAGCGCCAGGCGCGGAGCUGCGCGCUGCGGGCGGCGGCUCAGGGCGCCCUGCGCUCCAAGCCCGACGUCGCGCACUACACCCGCGCGGGCGGCGCGCGCGGGGCGGCGGGCGAAGCGGCGCUCUGCAGGCCUGGGGGCCGGCUGGACCCGGGGGCCGUCCCGGCGCCGCCGUGGAAGUGCCGAGCCUGCGGCAGCCGCGUCGAGGACCGACGGCCCGCGCAGGGGAAGGCGAGCCCGGACCCGCGGGCCCUCCGGGAGGGCGGCUGUGGGGCGCCGGGGGUGCUGGCGGAGCCGCUUAGCUCUCAGGGCCCGAGCGCCCCCUUCAGGCUCUUCCCUGCCGAGCCGGGGCUCCACGCGGAAUGGAUCCGGGAAACGCACAUCGGAGACUCGGCGCGGCCCGACGAGGUGGACUCCGCCCUGGACAGCACGGACACCUCGGACAGCUGCAGGACCGACAGCGAGGAGGCUGGGGCCUCGCAGCCCCGCAGGGCCCGCGGCCCGACCCGAGGCAGCAGCCCCCGUCCGCGGGCCGCCAGGCCUCGCGGAGGCCCCAGGUCGUUCCGGAAGGCUGAAUCCCAGCCGCCCGGGAGCCCUCAGGCCCGCCACUGCCUGCCUGGGGUUGGUCACGUGGAGGCUGCAGCCGAGGUGAAAGAAGGCAGAGGAUGGCCUGACGGGACUCUCUUUCCCAGAGGAGACGCUUUCCCUACGCGUCCCGUCCUGGAAUCUAAAAGGGCUUCCCUGGGAUCCCAGUGGCAGGCUGGCCCCGGGCUGGGGAAUCACUGGGUUCAGCCGGUGGAUUCCAGGGCUCUGUGCAGGUCAGCCUGUGCCCCGGCGUCUUCCGUGAAGCCGGGGUCCUCGGCGCCAGGCGGACAAGCCCAGGAUGUAGAAAACCAUGAGUCUCUGGAGGCUGUCUCUGCGUCCUCCCUGCGACAGAGCCAUGCAGAGCCCUCUGCCGUGCACCGGGCCCAGCAGCCAAUCUCUCCCCUCUCCCCUGGAGGCUGGGUGCCAACCCCUCCGUCUUCAAGGAAGACCACCUCGCCUGUGUGUCACAGGAAGGCGGCCCUGGCCAGGCCCAGCAGGCUGGGUGAGCAGGGAGAGCCCGUGGACACCCCUCCGCCUCCUUCAAGAAGUGUAGUUCCCAGGACCUGUGAGCGCUCACCCACACAGACCCAGCCCUAUAGCUCCCAGGUCGGGCACCCCCUGCUGGCCCUGUCCACCAACAACUGCAACAACAGCGUGCCUCCGGGGCUGCAGGAGCCCUGGGGAGGAGCCCUGGGUGAGGGCCUGGCCCGCAAGGGCCUCUGCAGCCAGGCGCCGGCCCCAGAGAACCACCGCGAUGGAGGACACCAGGGCUUUCUUGACUCAGCAGCUGUUGGCACUGUCAGCUCCGUGGGCAUCACCCUGUCCCCAGCCCCAGAGGAGACAGAGUCCAGCCAGGAACCAGAGGGAGGCCUACAGAGGACAGAGUCGAGUUCCAGAGGGCAUCUGUCAACUCGAGCAUCACCAGGGGUCAGUGCGGGACCCGGCCCGCCCUCUGCUGCCCCUUCCGACAGGAGCAAGAAAAGCGGCAGCAGCUUGGCCUCCACCCUGGGGCUGAAAAAGUUCUUCUUGGCCCUGGGCCAGGGCACAAGGCCCAAGCUGGGCAAGGCCCGCAGCUACAGCGUGGAGCAGCUGCGGGCCCCUGCGCCUGGCCCGGCGUCACACACCAGCACCCCCAAAGUGAAGAGAGCCCCAUCGUUACAGUCCCUGCAUCUGGUGUCACCCUCUCACCAACAUCGGAAAGCGGUCUCCUUUCAGAACCUCCAUUCUCUGCUGAGUGGCAAGGGGGACAGGUCCAGCUUGUACGUGGUGGGAGAGCCAGGGGACCACAGUGCAGAUGGCCGGCCAGCCAAGGUCCCGCCCCAGCGUGCCCUCAGCGUGGAGGACGUGAGCGCCCCCAGCCAGGCGCGCACGGUGGGCCGUGUGGUGGAGGUGUUCCCAGAUGGCACCACCCAGCUGCAGCUACGACGCUCCCCGGAGGGCACCUUUGGCUUCUGUGUGGCCUCAGGGAAUGGGCGCCGGGACUCAGGGCUCUACGUGCAGGAGAUGGCUGAUGCGAGCAUGGCCAAGCUGUACUCAGGGCUGCUGGGGGUAGGCGAUGAGAUCCUCGAGGUGAACGGGGCCAAAGUUGCGGGGCUGAGCGUGGCUCAUAUCAAGGAGCUCCUGGCCCGCGAGGACAGUUUGUCAGUCCGUGUGCUGAGGCAGAGGCCCGUCCCGCGGUGACGCAGGCGUGCUCCCGCCCCGCCCCUCCCACAGAAGCCCUGAGCUGGCCCAGAAGGAAUGGAAAUGCGCUGCACAAAGCUGCUUUGUGGAAGACAGAGGACAGUGGCAUGUAACCCCUGUGGCAGGGCGGCCGUGAUUGACACCGUACGUGAGGGCAGGAGCCUGCUUGUGGGUUUUAAGAAUGUUCAUUUUUGCGGAACUGGGGAAAGAAGACCUGGAUCCCCUUCCAUACCAGAAGCGGGUCAGUCUCUUUCCUUACCUUUGUUGGCAGGAGGAGAGAGCUGCGGAGGGCCCUGGGGUUGGCCCCUGACCAUCUCCUCACCCCCAAGUGCUGUCCCACUCUCUGUCAAGGGCUCUCCCAGCCUCCCCACACUCCAGAACCAAAGAAAGUGCUUGGCCAUAUUGGCCUUGAGACUGCCUUUAAAGUCUCGUUCCUUCCACGUCCCAUUGGACACCUUUGCUCUUUUUCUGGAAAUGGCCAAAGUGUCCUGGAGUGACAGCCUUACAGCCAUCGGUCAUAUAUUCCAAACCAAAACUUGGAACAUGUGGUCCGGCAUGAGAACAUCUGGGAGAUGUUAUCUGGUAGCCAGAAUAUUAAGAGUCUCUGGGAAAUUCUUCAGAUCUAUAAAGUUGAAGGGGAAAAAAAAUGAAACAGAGACCAAUUUCCAGGAAGAGCAGCCAGCCCCUCCCCCGCCAGCCUGCCCUCUGCUCUGCACGGGGGCAACACCGGAGCUGGCGGUGAGGGCCUGUCUUCCUUCUCCUGUGGAGUGUGGGCAUGGCUGUGGCUGGUGCCAGGCUGUCCCCAGCUGCAAGCUCUCUGCCCAGGUGGCAGCUGUGGGUGGGUCAGCAGCAAAUGCAAUGCCAGGGUACAGGCAGGGGGAUGGGCUGUCCCACCAGGUUGCUUCCCUGCUCUAGGCCCAAAGGGUUGGGACUCUCUGGGAGGGGAUGGCCGUGUGUCACUCUUAAAUUAUUAAAAAGCAAAGCUGAAGCUUC